AUGGACGUUCUCAGGAAGAGCUUUAGAUCGGAGUUUAAAUGGACGGGAGAGGCCGCGCGAGCUUUCGAAGAGCUUAAAGAAUGUUUGGGCACCCUACCAACCCUCACCGUACCGGAAGAAGACGAGGUAUUAACGGUAUAUUUAGCUGCAUCGUUCGGAGCCAUCAGCGCGGUAUUAGUUGCCCACCGAACUGGAAAACAAAUCCCCAUUUAUUAUGUAAGCCGAACGUUAAAAGACUACGAAACAAGAUAUUCAAAUUUGGAAAAAUUAGCCUUGGCCCUAGUCCAUGCUUCAAGAAGGCUUCGCCGAUAUUUUCAGGCCCAUCCAAUCGAGGUGAUAGCGGAUUUUUUGGUCGAAAUACCAGAAGAGAAAGAAACUGAAGAGGCAGGUAAAGCUCCGGAGAAGCCAUGGUCUUUGUAUACCGACGGUGCCUCUAGUGCCGAAGGAUCAGGAGUGGGCCUAAUUCUCACCGAUCCAGACGGAACGGAUGUAACGUAUGCGCUCCGACUAGAAUUCAAAAGUUCCAACAACGAGGCUGAGUAUGAAGCUCUCCUAGCCGGCCUAUGCCUAGCACAGAAAGUCGGAGCAAAGAAUGUUAUAGCCCAUGUAGACUCGUUGCUCGUAGCAAAUCAGGUAAAUGGAGAAUACGAGGCGAGGGAAGCAAACAUGAUCGAGUAUCUCGAACAAGUAAGGCAGGCAAUGGCUUUGUUCGAAGCAUGUAGGGUCGAACAUAUCCCCCGUAGCAAAAACAAAAAAGCGGAUGCAUUGAGCAAAUUGGCAUCGGUAUCAUUCAGCCACCUAGCCAAAGAAGUAAGAGUGGAAGUUUUAGCUACACCGUCAAUCGCAGCUCCGCAAGUAAUGCAAGUUGAAGUUCCACCACAAACAUGGAUGACGCCGAUAAUUAAUUAUUUGGUGCAUGAUGUUCUGCCAACUGACAAAGCGGAAGCAAGGAAGAUCCAGAUCAAUUCCCUCCAGUAUCAGAUGCAGGAAGGAGGAUUGUACCGAAAGACCUUUCUCGGACCAUUGCUAAAGUGUCUGGAUCCGGAGCAAGCUAGUUACAUCAUACGGGAAAUACACUAUGGCAUCUGUGGGUACUACUGGCCCGGAAUGCAUGAAAGCGCCGUAAAAGAGCUCCAGCAAUGUGACGAAUGUCAAAGGCACGCACCAACCAGCCUCCGAGCUAAAAAUGAAAUGAUACCAGUAACCGCCGCAUGGCCUUUUCAAAAAUGGGGAGUUGACAUCGUCGGACCUUUUCCGAGAUCAAGCGGAAGCGCACAAUAUCUGUUGGUCGCGGUGGAUUAUUUCACCAAGUGGGUAGAAGCUCGUCCGUUUACAACCAUCUCCGGCUACAAUGUGACACGAUUUUUCUGGGAGCAAAUAGUGUGCCGAUUCGGUCUACCGCUCUACAUCAUAAGCGACAAUGCAAAACAGUUUGCAGAAAAUCCCUUCAAGCGAUGGUGUGAAAGGUUAAAAAUCAACCAAGUUUUUUCCUCGAUUGCCCACCCCCAAGGCAACGGGCAGGUUGAACAGAUCAAUCGACGCAUCGUCGACGGCAUAAAAAGAAGGCUAGGUCAGGAGGGAAAAGGUUGGGCGGACGAAUUGCCAAACGUCCUAUGGGCACACCGAACACUGCACAAGACCAGGAACGGUGAAACACCGUUCAGCUUGACCUACGGUACCGAAGCAGUAAUUCCGGCCGAAAUCGGGCUCCCAAAUCAAAGGUGCAAGAAUUCGGAAGAAAACGAACGUGAACUCCGGUCCAACCUUGACCUGCUGGAGGAACGCCGAAACAUAGCGGCAAUCAAAGAGGCUCGGUAUAAGAAAAAAAUCGAAAAGUAUUACAAUGCUCGGGCUAAAAUCUACAAGUUCAAAGUCGGAGAUUAUGUGCUCCGAAACAACGACGCAAGUCGCACCGAAACCCCCGGCAAACUAACCCCAAAGUGGGAAGGGCCAUACCGAGUCAAGGAAGCCAGUGAGAAGGGCUCGUAUGUGCUAGAGAAGCUUGACGGAACCCUAGUGCCUCGAACAUGGAAUGGGGUACACUUAAAAAAGUGCUUCAUGUAA